UCCUGCAGCUGAGCUUGACUGUUGUUAGCAACAUCUCAGCGUACUGUUGAACGCCUCAUAAUCUUCUGGUCAACAAGCUUAAUUCACUUUUGGAUUUUAAACACCACGGUGUGCUAUUGUAGCCGUUAACGUUACGAUACAGACGCUGUCUAUCACUGACGGUCCACUUUGGUUCCUGGUAUUUUAUAGCUAGCUAACGGUAGCGUUAGCAGAGCAGCUCCAGGGAUGGCGGAGGUUCCCGGGACUUCGAGUGAGACGAUAACUGAGACUGUUCAGACGAGCACGCCGCCGCCGCCCCAGCAGGAGGGACGCAGCCUGACAAUCAAGCUGAGGAAGAGGAAGACGGAGAAGAAGGUGGAGUGGUCCAGUGACACCGUCGACAACGAGCACCUAGGAAGAAGGUCCUCCAAAUGCUGCUGUGAUCUACGAGAACAGCCUCGACAGUUCGGAGAGUCGUCCUCCGAGAGCGAGGGAGAGGACGAUGAUGAAGGCUGCGGCAGCGCUCACUGCAUCCUGGGCCACGGCAGGAGAGAUAAUGGACAGACGGGGGGUGGGGGGGCCACGGCGCCCCCAAACUCUGGGGGGUCACACAGCCACUAGUGUGGGGGUCUCGCCACGACAAUGACACGUACAAACUGCACUCUUUUUGUUUUUGUUUUAGUCCAUCACUGAGCUGCAGAGGAGGCAGCACAGACACAGGGAUUACUGAGUCAGCAUAAUUACAUAACCUGCUCUCAAAAAAGAUGCAUGCAGUCAACUGACAUGCAUCACAUGGAAUAAGUCAAAGUGUUAAGGAGUCAUGCUGUGAUGGCGCUAGAUUUGAAAAGGCCAGUCUUUCUGCAUGUGUUCCUUUACUGCAGAUCACUCAGUAUCUCACUGCUGAGCAUUUUCCAAAGCAUGUAGUUCCAUUGAUAUCCAUUUACUUAACUCUGCUGCCAAUAAACUCUGAGGUGUGUGAUCCAUCAUAGGAACACCAUGCUGGCUCUGUCUCUGUCACAGUGCAGCGCUGCAACUGCCCUUUGUUUUCUUCAUUUGCUGAAUAUCUUCUUCAUUAUUUGAGCAGUAAUAUUUGUAUAUAACUGUGGGAAGAAAGGGAAGAAUGUCUCUCACUCUCCUCGACUCAAGGUGACGAACAUUAUUCAAAUAUGCAGCUUGUAUGAUAAAUAAAACACACUUCUUCCUUACACACUGCA